AUGGAGACACCCUUUCCUUUUGGAUGGAAGCCUCUCAACAUCGACCGCUAUGAUGGCACUAUCGACCCAGAUGAGCACGUUGAUCUGUACGUCACGCAAUAUACUCAAUUGCCAACGGGAUCAGUCGAUAGCUUCGACACUCUGGUGAGGCGAUUCACGGCGCAGUACGCAACGAGUCGACCACAUCACAUCACGUCCGCUGCCUUGGCCAGCCUCAGACAAGGCGACGAUGAACCAUUGAGGACAUUCAUGGAGCACUUUGCCGGCAUCUCUGUCAAAAUCCGCAACCUAAACCCCGAGAUCGCCCUACAUGCCAUGCUCAUGGUGCUCAAGUCAGGACCUUUCAUUGACAGCCUUUUUCAGCGACCUCCCUCAAACAUGGACGAACUCCAUGCCCGAGCUGCGGGGUACAUUCAGAUGGAAGAGCACACUACUUUCCGUGACCAAGUUCGUGAGAAACCACAGGGAAAGCCAGACCAUGGCCACAAAGAUAAGGUAAAAGUCACCAACGAUAGCCAAUUCAAGAAGGCUAGGCUGAACAAAGGAGGGAGGUAUGACUUCUACACCCCCUUGAGCGCACCCCGAGUACAUAUCUUGGAGGAGGCCAGCAAUACCAACCUGAUUACUCUGCCAGCGCCUGGGCACAGCCCCAGUAGCGCCGACAAAUCCAAGCAUUAUCGAUACCAUAGAAACUAUGGUCACACAACCGAGGAAUGUCGCACACUCAGAGAUCGCAUUGAGGAACUCGUCCAAGGAGGGCACCUUGGACAAUACGUCCACCGGCAACAAUCUCAUAGAGGAGGCUACCAUGGACGAGGACGAGGAAGAGGCCGAGGUUCCGGCACUCGCACAGAUCAACCGUCCAGAUCUCAGCAAAACAUCGACGGAGUAGUGCAGCCGAGGUAA